GGACUUAUUGGUAGCUUGCCUAACAGCCUCAACUCAGGGCAUGAAAUAGGCCAGUGGUUGUCAGGGCAACGUUGUGUGUGAGUGGAACGUAUGAGUGCAAAAGUAAUUCAGGACAUUUGAGGUGUUUACAAGCGACAGUCUUUAGUUAACUUGUUAGCUGGCUGUUAUCGGAUAACAAUGUCGAUUAGCCUGCCCUGACUGGAAUAUAAUGGUAAUAGACAACACAGUUAGCUAAUUGCGCUAGUUUGGUUGCUAAAAAUUGUUGCUGUUGGAAAGCAGUCGUCCCCUAGAAGGCCAGAAUGGUUGCUUAGUCGGGUGAGCCGAAGCGAUGUCAAGCAAUAACCUCCCCCCGGUGUGCCAUUUGCCGCACUGGACCCGAGUCGGGGGUCUCGGGAAACCUUGCUCUCCACGACGUUUACCGGCGAACCGACCGCAGCCGCUGCCUGCGGUCCCGUCAGCGACCGGGGCAUCGCAGAGAGCAGCCGAGCUGCCCUGUGAUAGCGACAUGGGCCCCCGCGUCGCAUCACUGCAGAGGAAUAUCCAGUUCCUGCAGCAACAACACAAGGAAACUCUUGAGAGGCUCCAUGCAGAGAUAGAGUAUCUCAGACGGGAGAAUAAAGAGUUGCAGUAUAAGCUGAUAAUGGAGCCUCCUAAGUCAAGCAGAAAAGGACCAACACACAGUCGACGGGGCGUUAGACCACCCACUCAGGGAAGUGAAGCUCAUACUGGACUCUACCUGGAGAAGCAGCUGCAGGACACGCGACCCUCACAGGACCAGGCACUAAGCAUUAGAGAGGGUAGCGAAAUUCUGGGAUCUGCCAGGCAAAACCAUGACCCGGAGGCGAAGGGAGGCCUCAUCACUUCAUUACAGCCUCUACGAAUUCACAGCAGUCCCUCCCAUCCACCGCGUGCUCCCACGCUACAGGAGUGUGAGGUUAUCAUCCGGCAGCUCUACAAUGCUAACAGCUUACAGUCUCAGGAAAUUAUACGUGUGAAGGCAUUGCUGAGAGAUAUUGUUUUGAGCAAGAAAAUCACCACAGAAAACUACAUUCUGACCAAAGCCUACCUUGAUGAUAGUACUCGCAAAUUUUCUGAAGGGAAUAAAUUUCCAAAACUUGGUCUUCAGACAUAUCCAGAAAAAACGUCUGGACCUUCUCAGUCUGGCGUGGUCCUUCCAGCCCUCAAGCAGAGUCUCAGCUCAACCGUUGCAGAAAGACAGAGGAGGACCCGUGCCGUGCAGAGAGACCGUUUCAAAAGGAUGGUGAAGUGACAGGAACAACACUACUACAGCGUCAGCUACAUCCCCAUCAGGACUGGAGCUUUCAUGAUUCUUCUAAAAAAAAAAAAAAAA